CUCGUUAGGAUAAGAUAUAUAGAUUUCCUCAUUUUGAUUUGUUUGUUUAUAGGCGCUCGUGUUAAAAAAGUUCGGUUCCCGGAAGAUGCUGCAGAGUGACAGCUCUUCGCUUUACGCCCCUCACUGGUGAAAAUCGUUCCACUACGUCAAGUCGUCCCGUCCGCGCGGUGAAGAUGUCUGCGACGGGUACAGGCGGCUGUGGACCAGGACCCGGACCCACCUCGGGCACCGGGUCCGGGGCUUCCAACCCCCGAAAGUUUAGCGAGAAGAUAGCACUGCAUACCCAACGGCAGGCUGAGGAGACAGCCGCCUUCCAGGAGGUUAUGAUGGACAUUACCUCGACCAGGCUUCAGGCUCAGAAGCUCCGUCUUGCUAGGAGUCAGGGUCCGUACUACGGCGGCUCAUUACCCAACGUCAACCAGAUCGGCAGGAACCCACAGGACUUCCAGGGCCCCUUCCCCUCCACUCUGGAGUCCAGCCGGUUGACACGGCAUCAUGGUCUGGUGGAGCGAGUCCAGAGGGACCGCCGUUUCAUCUCGCCAGUCCGCCCGUACCGCAACCGACAACCUCAGGUGGACAGCUCGCCGUAUAACUCUGCCUACCUGUCCCCACCGCCCGACCCUAGCUGGAGAAGGAAUUGGUCCGGAAACUUCCACGGGGAUAAAAGCCAGUUGUUUCGUCUCCCCACCACUGCACUCAACAGGACCAACUCUGACUCUGCCCUCCACACCAGUGUAAUGAACCCUCCCACAGGAGACCCCUUCACCACAGGAGGAUCCACCCUUGUCCCCCAGAGUUCCAGACGCACCGGUCAAGGCGAUGGAGAGGCCAGAAGAAUGUUUCCGUACCCGGUUCCUCCCAUCGAAGAGAACGUGCUGGAUGAGGGGAAACUGCUCAAACCCUGGGACACCAAGAAGUUGCCUCUGUUGUCAUCCCGACCCAAGUCCUGUGAAGUCCCUGGCAUCAAUGUCUUUACGUCUCCGGAGCAGCCGUCCACGCUGGCUCACAGUGUCCCCUCGGCCCUCAACACCGGUGGCUCACUCCCUGACCUCUCCAGCCUUCACUUCCCCUCGCCGCUGCCCACCCCACUGGAUCAGGACGAGCCUGGCUACGCUGGAUCCUCCUCUCUGAGCGGAGGGAGCAGCACGGGGAACCUGGCUUCCACCCUCACCCAGCUGGGCAUCAAUGCUGCCAAUGCACCCGGAGGAAACGGCAAUUUCCACCACCAUACAUCAGGUCUCCUGGCGUCUGUGCAGAGCACGCUUGGUAACCCCUCCCUGCAGUCGUCACUAAGCAACCCCAACAUCCAGUCAUCGCUUAGCAGCCACUCCUUUUCCAACUCUCUGAGCUCCGCCUCCCUGCACUCGUCCCUCAGCAACCCCUCACUACAAUCGUCCCUCAGCUCCUCCCCCUCUCUGCCAUCCUCCCUCAGCAGCCAAUCGCUGCACUCUUCCCUCAGUAACUCCUCCCUCCAGUCAGCAUCCAGCGGUAACCCCAGUUACAGCAGCAGCAUGGGCGGCUCCAGUUCCUGCUCCUCAUCCUACUCACCGCUGCUCAGUGGACAGGGUCAGCCGUCACUCAGCACAUCACCACGGAGACGAGCCCAGCUGUCCCCGCUCAUCCUGCCCAUGGGAGGGGAGUCACGGAGGCAUCACUCAAAACAGUUCUCCCCAACCAUUUCCCCCACUCUGUCCUCCAUCACACAGGGCGUCCCCCUGGACACCAGUAAACUGCCUCUGGACCAGAGGCUCCCUCCGUACCCACUCAGCCAGUCCCACCAACACCAGCCAGGCUCCCACCAGCCUCUGCCAGGCUCCAUGCCCGGCCAGCAGCCCUCUCCAUUGGGUCAGCACCACCACCAACAGCUGCACCGCCAGCAACAACAGUCGCAGUCCAUGCAGCAGCUCCACAUGCAGAACCUACGCAACCAGCACAUGCAGCAGCACUUUGGAACACAGAGGACGGUGGGGCCGCACAUGAACACAACCAACACGUUACUGAUCAAGAACGAGAGCGCAUUGGACCCAUGCAACCAGAGCUCUUCGUCCUCUGAGUGUCAGGUCAAACAGGAAGCAGAGCAGCAGAGAGCGGGCGGCCUCCCACAGCUCCAACAGAUCAGCCAUAACCUGGCCGCAGACCUGUACAACGAUGCCUUGUUCAACUCUCUGCUGGACGACCCCUACCUAAGUCUGCAGCUCACAGGCAAAUCCAACCAGCAGCUCACAGCAGAGAACCAGGGCGACGGUCUGUCCCUGAACCACAGCGCUCUGAGCUGCGGCAGCACUGAUAAGACCCAGUUCCCUUCCAACACCCAGGGGCCCUUGGAGCAGCAGGACCCCGGGGACCAGCACCUCCUCAACAACCAGAACCAGAAUUACAACUGCUGGGACGGACGGCAUAACGUGCCCAACAUCAUCUUCACUGGAGACUCUCCACCGGGUCUGUCCAAAGAGAUUGCCAACGCCCUGUCGCAUGUCCCUGGCUUUGAGAUGCACCCUUUCUCUCUGGAUGACCCGCUCAGGAUGGACCCCCUGGCUCUGGACAUGCUGGACGGCGACCUGAUGCUUGCAGACCCAGCUGUGGAGGACUCUUUCCGAUCCGACCGGCUUAAGUGACCUCUUCCCAGCCCCCCCCUCCGCUCCAGCAGCUUGGUGGUAAUCCAGCGACGAGACGACCACCUGGACGGAGGUGAAAAGGACGGGGCCCAUUCAUCGCUCCCCCCCUCCCCCACCCAGCCGGCAUGUAGAGCGAGGUUUGGAUGCAGCUCAGGAUUUUUUUUAUUGUUAAAGAGAAGAGCCUGAGAGUUCUGCCGGGUGUCGGGAUGAACCAAAGGAGGGGAGCUUUUCUGUCAAAGGCACUUAUCUGAAAACGCUCUUACAAUGCUUGAAGUCAAGAAAGAUGCUUCUCUUUUUAGGCAUUAGCUUGUACGUGUCUUAUCUGCAUGUUAAUGAACAGUGCACUCACUUAAAUGCAAGUACACAAGAAUAAAAUGCUCAAGUGACGUCAGCUUUAUGUAAGAAACGUCUGUAAAAACCAGCAACGCUUGGAAGAUCUUGAAAUGUGCUAUGCAUCCUGA